AAUGUGACUCCGCCCACUUAUCUACGGGUACCAGGAAGAACAAAUGUGAUCAGUGUAAACAUUCCAUAUUUCCGAAUUGCAAACGUUCAUUUUGCUUAGUGGUAAACCAGCUAGUGUAGUGUGUGUAGUUGUAGCUACAUUAACCGUAUCGUGAGAAAUAUUUUCAUAACGUUAGAAAUUGUCGUGGUUUAAUCCCACUGAAUUUAUACACUGUACAUUUGUGUAAUGGCGUCUUUGAGUCGAUCUGCACAUCGUCACUGUGUGCUGUUUAUAACGUGUAUAAAGUCACAGCACAUUGUGUGUGGAAACCUCAGAAGCUUUGGCACAAAGUCGGAGCGAGAUCAGGCGAUUCCCAAGAUUUACACCAAAACAGGAGACAAAGGAUUUUCCAGCACUUUCACUGGAGAGAGGCGACCGAAAGAGGAUAGUAUUUUUGAAGCUUUGGGUACGACAGAUGAGCUCUCAUCUGCCAUCGGGCUGGCUAGAGAGUUCUGCCUCGAGAAAGGACACAACUUCACCCAUCAGCUAGACAAGAUCCAGUGUGUGCUGCAGGACGUGGGCUCCAACAUGGCCACUCCUCGCUCGUCAGCACGAGAGAGCCACAUAAAGAAAACACUGUUCAGCAGUGAGCCUGUAGCAGAGCUGGAAAGUUGGAUUGAUUCCUACACAGAACAGCUUCCUCCUCUCACAAACUUCAUCCUGCCUGUAAGCUUCCUUCUCUCACAGUAUUCUGGGGGGAAAAGCAGCGCCGCCCUGCAUGUGGCCAGAGCUGUGUGUCGCCGGGCCGAGCGCUGCGUUGCUCCUAUAGUGCGUUCAGACGAGGCCGAUCCUGAAGUAGGCAAAUAUCUCAACAGGUUGAGUGAUUACCUCUUCACACUGGCCAGAUACACAGCCAUGAAAGAAGGAAACACAGAGAGGAUCUACAGGAGACCUGAAUGAACUUCCUCACAUUCAGAAAUAAAGUUUCUUCUAAUAAAACUGUGAGAUUCCUCUA